CGAGUCAACAACACCACUUCCCUCCCCCCCAUCGGCCCAGCUGUGCGCUCCAUUCUCUACCAUUGCCCUCGUUUCCGCGUUCCCCACUCCUUACCACCGUUACGAUCUCGCCGACGCGCUGACCAUGUCGGUCAAGUUCGAGAAGGAGACGGUCAAGCUGACCGAGGCGGCCCAGUCCGCUGCCGCUGGCGUGGUCGGGGGAAAGGGCAAAGAAGACCUCGUUCACCAAGUCGGCGAGGCUCUAACCAAGGGCGGAGGUGCCAAUGGAUAUCUCGGUGCUUAUCUGAAGCAGCUGCAGAGUAACCCACUGCGCACCAAGAUGUUGACAUCCGGCACCCUCUCCGGUCUUCAGGAAUUUCUGGCCUCCUGGAUCGCCCACGACAGGAGCAAGCAUGGCCACUACUUCACGUCCAGAGUUCCCAAGAUGGCCCUCUACGGUGCCUUUGUCAGCGCGCCCCUGGGCCAUGUCCUCAUCAGCAUCCUGCAGAAGAUCUUCCGUGGUCGCACCAGCCUGAAAGCAAAGAUCCUCCAGAUCCUCGUCAGCAACUUGAUAAUCUCCCCGAUCCAGAACUCCAUCUACCUCGUGUCUAUGGCGCUAAUUGCCGGCGCGCGUACCUUCCACCAGGUCAAGGCGACCGUAAAGGCGGGUUUCAUGCCCGUCAUGAAGGUCAGCUGGGUCGUAUCCCCAAUCUCCCUCGCUUUCGCUCAGAAGUUCCUCCCCGAACAUACCUGGGUACCCUUCUUCAACAUCGUCGGCUUCGUUAUUGGAACCUACGUCAACGCUCAUACCAAGAAGAAGAGGCUUGCUGCUCUUCGACGGAAGCACUAUGGUGAAGGUGGUGGCAGCGGACGCAGCCAGGCACCUUCCAGGCCGGGUGACGACUACGGCCGACCGGGCGGUUAUUAGAGGCUCAACGUUAGAUUUUCGAUGUCAUUAGUGGCCCUUUGGAUUUGAUUCAGAUUGGGCACCUGCAAGCUUCGCAUCAGGCACCAGCACCCGUUUCAUGGACAGCUGCCGGCAAACCCUUCGAGCGGGUGCCACAUACCAGUUUGGGCGCGUUUGCUUACGAGUGCCCAGUCGUCUCAUAUUCGCACUGAGCAGGUUGGCAACCUCAAAGUGUAUAUUUCCUACCUUC